ACAGUUUAUAAAGUAAUGUUAUUAUUGUAUUAUAAAAGUUUUAUAGAGAUGAGGUUAUCAUAUAGCAGAGUUGUUGAAAAUUGAAAAAUCUCAAUCUUCACAUGGAGAUCUCUGAUGAGCUCAAACAUGAGCACUGUGCCCUGAUUAUAGAAAAAGCUGAACUCGAACGAAAUAUUGAAAGAAGACAACAGAAAAUAAAAAGGUUGCUCAUAGAUAUCAAGAGUUCAUAUCAGAUGUGCGCAGAACAAGAAGCCAAGGAUGCAUUACUUACACUUGAUGGUGAAGAAAGCUGGGAGCCUGAAAUUAGAGCUUUUGAACUCUGGAGUUCUGGAGAAAAUGUUGAAGAAAUGCAAGGAAUAAUUGUUGCCUUAAAACGUAAGAGGGCAGCUAUCACUGCUGAAUGUUCAGAUAUAUUGUCCAAGCUUGAAGAUUUAAGAAAAACAUCUUUGUAAAAGUGUCAAUGUACCUACUCAUGCUUUACUACCAUGUAUGUCUUUGUGGGUUAGGGCUAUUGGACCCAAUCUAUUACCAAAAAUAGGCAUCAGUUAAAAAGAGCAGCGGCCAGGACAAUUUUAAACUGAUCCUGUGUAAAAAAACAUGUUCUCAAUUGGCAGGUAAUUAAAUAGAUUGUGU